AAUGGGGCAGAGAAUGGGCAGUGUGGGAAAUCUGUUUGUUUCCAAAUAAACCAUUUACCCCCAGUGAGUAGGAGUUGUGCACGGGGUUGGUUAGACUAACUAGCUGGUUACUAAUUUAUCCCUGAGCGAGAGGGGUCAGGCACCCAAGGCUGCCGGGAGGGAACUCUGCCUGCACUGUCUGUGCAACUUUCCUGUCCCACUAUGGCUUCCGAAUCUUAUUACCUGGGGUUUGACUUCAGCACUCAGCAGCCAGUGAAUGGGAGGAUACGCUACAUGGAUUAAAACCCCUGGAAGAGCUGCCAGUGCUCAAUUCCAAGUUUUAAAGCCUAAAAAGGAUUAUAGGGCUUUAUACCUUGGCGCAUACAAGGAUAUUGCACAGCUAAAGGUAAUUGCCAUUAAUGAAGGCCUGCAGGUUGUUCUUGAAGAUAAUAUCCAAUUCGACAGAGAUUUACCAGAGUUUGGGACUCAAGGUGGCAUUCAUACUCACAGGGAUAAACUGACUGUCACAUCCCCAGUCUUAAUGUGGGUUAAGGCACUGGAUAUCAUAUUGGAUAGACUAAAAUCCUCUGGAUUUAAUUUUGGCAAAGUCAGAGCUCUAUCAGGCUCAGGACAGCAACAUGGCAGCGUCUACUGGAAAAAUGGAGCAAGGGACCAGCUGCGGCAUUUAAACGCAGACCUUCCUCUUCACAGCCUGUUAGAGGCAUGUUUUUCUGUCGCGGAUAGUCCAAUAUGGAUGGAUUCCAGCACGUCAGCGAAAUGUCACCACCUGGAGGAAGCUGUUGGAGGGCCACAGGAACUUGCCAACAUCACCGGAUCCCGUGCGUAUGAGCGCUUUACAGGAAAUCAGAUUGCUAAAAUGUUUCACCAGAAACCAGAGAUCUAUUUACAGACAGAGAGGAUUUCUUUAGUUAGCAGCUUUGCAGCAUCGCUCUUUCUCGGGGAUUAUGCGCCAAUUGAUUACAGCGACGGUUCUGGAAUGAAUUUAUUGAACAUUAGUGAAAAGACUUGGUCGGAGAUCUGUCUGGAUACCUGUGCCCCUAAUCUAAAGGAGAGAUUGGGGUCCGUUGUCCCCUCCAACUCAGUCCUGGGGUCAGUUUCCCCGUAUUAUGCCGAUCGCUAUGGAUUCAGCCGUGAGUGUAGAAUCGUGGCAUUUACUGGGGAUAACCCAGCUUCAUUAGCGGGAAUGAGGCUGCAGCAAGGUGAUAUAGCGGUCAGUCUUGGCACGAGCGAUACUCUCUUCCUCUGGAUCCAGGAUCCUACCCCUGCAUUGGAAGGGCACAUCUUCUGCAAUCCAGUUCAGCACCAAGACUACAUGGCACUGCUAUGUUUUAAAAAUGGCUCCCUGAUGAGAGAGAGGAUUAGAGACGAGUGUGCGUCGGGCUCCUGGGAAAUAUUUUCUCAAGCACUCGCCUCCACUCCGCCUGGGAACAGCGGCAAUGUCGGCUUUUAUUUUGAAGCUAUGGAAAUCACCCCGCAAGCUGUAGGUGUCCACAGGUUCAAUGCUGACAGCCGAAAGGUUUCAGAAUUCCCGAAGGAUGUGGAGAUCCGGGCAUUGGUCGAGGGACAGUUUAUGGCCAAGAGGAUUCACGCUGAAAGGCUGGGGUAUAAAAUCAAUAGUUUAUGAUCUCCAAUGGCACUGACAAACAGACCAUCAUGGCCUACCCCUUCCUAAUCACUUCUCGGUGAAUAGCACUUGAACCGGCUCCGUCUCUUGCUGAAGCAAUGAGAAACCCUGAUUAAAGUGAUACACAAAGGACAACAUGAAGGACACACACAAAUUGGACAAUGUGCAAUUUAAGGAGAGAUGCAAUGUGUUGUUUUUUUUUUAACAAAAUGGAAAAUGAAAAAGCUUAUGAAUAAUGUAUGGGCUCCAAUGAAUUCCAGGGGUAAAAAUAAUCUGGUUAUUUUUGGGCGUUUUCUUGAGAGCAUUCCAUACGAGAUCUGUCACAGAAGACAUUUUAUUGACCGUCUUAACCUUUCCCUUGAGGAGAGGAAUAUGUGCCCCUAACUGAAUACAACUAGAUUUUUUGGAUUAUAUGAAGGGGCCUAAUUCUGUUUGAUGUUUUGAUUCAAAUAUAAUGGACUAUUGCCCUGCACUGGCAAAAGUUUGGUGUUUGUUCCAGCAAGACUUCUAUGGGGGCAGCCAUUCAAGCUGGAAAAAAGAGAAAAGGCACAGGUUAAGGUGGCCAUACACGGAC